AUGCGGCCAAAGCUGUUGCUAUUGCUCAUUUAUGCCAUUCUCGUUUGUCAAGCAAGCGCAUUUCUCAGAUGCAAAGAACAGCGCCCAGUUCAAAGCAUUCAAUCGCGAUCGGGUACCCAUCCUCAACUUGGGAUGAUGGAGGAUAUUACGGCUGUCCACUCCGCGUUGCACGAUUUGAAUCCCGAAGUAAGGGUGGAAAUGAUGACCGAUGUUUCACAUGUAGCAUUGGAUCUCACCGCAUUUUUUACGCCAUCGCGACUGCACAUUCUGUCCUUUGCCAUUCUCGGACGAAUUCUCGUGCUUUACACGGACUGUUGUGUGCCUGGACACAGCAGCGUACCUCCUGAGGAACUUGCCGUCCAAGCAUUCUUGCUGGCGACCAACCUUAAAGAUCUGGUCAAAGCAAUAGCCGAGAGUCGGUAA